AUGGCUGGAGUUGUAUUAAUCUUGAGGGGGUGCAGAGACGAAGAGAGUGUGAAGAAGAGGGCCAAAGGAGACGAAGAGAGGGAAAGGGAAAGAGAAAGGCAACUUUCUCUACUAGCCUUUCUCGUGGCGGCGAUUCGGAGGUCGGUGGUGGCGUGCAGAGCGGCGGAGCAGAGGGGAGUUGAGGCGGCGCCGGGGAUGGCUCUUGGGCACAUGGAGAUCGGCUGGCCGACUGAUGUGCAGCACGUUUCGCAUGUCACAUUUGACAGAUUUCAUGGAUUUGUGGGUCUUCCGGUUGAGUUCGAGGUCGAGAUACCCUGUCGUGUUCCGAGUGCCAG